UAUGCAAAACAGUUUGUACUUAAAGUCUUUGUUAGGUUCAAGUCUGAGUUAAUGAUCAUAGCCCAUGGACAGCAGAGACAGAAUCCUGUUUUGUUUCUCUUCAGAUAUGAUUCCUAAAGUAUAUCUACUGAUCUUUCUAAGUGCUGUUAUUGGCACUGCAGAAACAACGACAAUGUUCAGUGCAACUGCAGAUCUGUUGCUCAUUACAGAAGAAGCCGAGAGCACAAAACAUACACCCACUCCUUCAAUGCAUCCUGAUCCAGGAGCAACUGAUACUGAUCAAGUUGUUGACAGUGAAGUUCUAGAAAAUUCCCAGUUAAUGAUAAUGUCAACAGAAGCAUCUUUAACAGAUAUUACCUUUUCAAAUAUUAUCACAGUUGAAGCUGAAAAUAACACAGACCCACAGUGGCAUGGAAGUGUUCCAGUUACUACAAAUGAAGCAUCUACAUUGAAGACAUCACCUGUUGCACCAGCUCAUGGCAGUUUGAGUGCAACUGAUAGUACCCCUGAAAAUGUUAAAACUUUUACCACCUUAAUGAUGACAUCAUCAUCAACAGGCUUGAGUGAGGAUACUUCCUUAUCUAUACAGUCCACAGCAGGUUUAGUAACUACACCUAAAAGUGAAGAAACAACACAAAAUAAGUGCUUCUGCAACAUACCAGGACCUGAAGGACCAAAGGGAGACAAAGGUCUAAAAGGUGACAGAGGUGAUCCUGGCUUAGCUGGAAAAAGAGGCAUUCAAGGAUUUAAAGGUCAAAAAGGUGAAUCAGGUUUCAUAGGACAGAAAGGUGACAAGGGCAGUCAUGGACCCAAAGGCGAUGCUGGCAUUGUAGGUCCUCCAGGUCCCCAGGGGGAGCAAGGAAAGCCAUGUAUUUCAUGCACAAAGGGUCAAAGUGGUGAAAAGGGAGAUAUUGGAAGCAUUGGCCCUCCUGGUCCACAGGGUCCAAAAGGAGUCAAAGGGAGCCGUGGUCUGACAGGUCCAAAAGGUGAACAUGGGCCUAUGGGAUCAAUUGGACAAAAAGGAGACAAUGGAGAACAGGGGCCUAAAGGUCUGGCAGGUGAAGUUGGGCCUGUUGGUCCACCAGGUCCUGCAGGCCCACAGGGCUCUACUGGCCCUAAAGGAGACAGAGGCACUGAAGGUAAAGUUGGCAAUCCUGGUUUAACAGGCUCUCCUGGACUUAGAGGUUUCAAAGGAGAAAAAGGAGAAUGCAAACCAUUUAUUACAACAGCAUUCUCAGUCGGUCUUCAAAGACAAAGAAGUUUUCCAUUUCCUGGUACUCCUGUGAGAUUUGAAAAAGUGUUCCUGAAUGAAAACAAUGGUUACAAUGUCAGAACAGGAAAAUUCACUGCUGCUAUUGAAGGUAUUUACUCAUUUUCUUACCAUCUGAGUGUUUCCAAUAAAUCUCUCAGUAUCGCCAUGUUUCAUAAUGGUGACAGAGUUUUAAAAUCCCUAGACACCCAGAUGGGUACUGACACUGACCAAGCUUCUGGAUCCUUGCUCCUUCAUCUUGAUGAUGGUGAUGAAGUUUGGGUAGAAGUUUUGAGUAUGUACCAAAAUGGACUUAUUGCAGAUGAAACUACUGAUUCUACUUUUUCAGGUUUUCUAUUAUCAGCUGAUUUGCCAUUCAGAUACAAUGAGUUUGUAUUUGAUGUGAAAUACUUUGCUAGAAAUAUAACCUUAAAGUUAUUAUUCAAUAAUGGUAGUCAGGGUGAAACAAUUGAGAGAGGAAAUAUCAUCAAGUUUAAGAAACCAAGUCUCAUCGUUACAAGAGAAGUGAUAGAAAGUUUGACCACUACUGACGAUACAUCAGUGAAACAUGGUCAACCAAUGGGAAGUACACAAUCAUUGGACACUCCUCCUCCUAAUCAACAAGCUAUGGAGGAACAGUUUGUCUCUAACAAACUUGGUGCCAAACCUAAGAAAGUACUAGGGAGCCAUGAUAAUGUUUUUUUUUACAAUUACCGAUGCAGUAUUGUAUCAGACAGCAAGCGAGAUCCAGCAGUAGAGGGAGACGCAAGAGGAAGAUCUCCGGAGAAUCCGUGGAGACAGAUCGAUAGAGAGCUCUAUGAUUACCUCUUGAUCAAGUUUCCCAAGAUACCACUAAUUAAGGACCUUCCUAAAAUACACAAGAGUACUAUCCCUCCACCUCAACGACCAAUAGUGUCAGGGGCUGGAUGGGUCACCGAACACAUUUCACAUUAUUUAGAAUCAGUUCUAGGACCUUUAGCUAGGCGUGUUCCUACAAUUUUGAAAGACACAUAUCAGUUAUUGAAUGACUUAGAUAGUUUAGUGGACAAUCAAAAUCUGUCUUCAUCUGUCAUUCUAAUUUCUCUUGAUGUUAAGAGUUUAUUCACUAUUAUCCCCGAUGACUAUGGGAUAGAGGCUAUAAGAGAGAGCCUACUUGUUUUAGGUGCUCUUGACAGAACUCAACUGUUGUUGAAAUCCAAAAUGGGAAUUAUAGCAUGGAAGACCACAAUUUUGAUUUUGACUGUAGCAGCCAUGCACGUCAAUACAAAAUCAACAGAAAUACCAAAGUUUUUCAAGAAACCACCCUCUGAAGUUGAGCCAACUGCUGCUUUAGAGACUGUGGUCACACAAGAGGAAGAAUUGAGUAUGUUAGACACCAUUGGGACAAUGGAAGCUGUAACUGAUCUGCAGACUGCAUAUCCAGGAUUCAGGACUGGCACAACUCUUUUUCCAUAUGACAAUUUCACUCUAGAUACAGGUGGCCUGCUUUUCAACUGCUGUGACUGCUGUCCACCUGAAGCAGGACAGAAAGGCGAGAAAGGUGACAGAGGAGUGCAAGGUCUCAAAGGAGAAAAAGGAGAACCUGGCCCCAGGGGACCAGUAGGGCUCACUGGACCACAGGGCACGAAGGGUAGCAAAGGAGACAAAGGAGACAAAGGAGAAAGAGGUGAAACAGGAAUUCAUGGACUUGCUGGCAUUUCAGGAAAACCAGGGGAAAAAGGUGACACUGGACCUCCUGGAGAAAAGGGAGCCCCAGGCAUUAAUGGUCUAAAGGGAGAAAAAGGAGAUAAGUCAGAUUCUUGUCAAAAUGGAACAAAGGGAGAGAAAGGUGAAAAAGGGGAUGAUGGAAAGGUGGGGAUGACUGGAGAAAAGGGGAAAAAGGGAGAAAAAGGAGAUUUAGGUGAAAAAGGGGUUAAUGGAAAUGAGGGAGAAAAAGGUGACCGAGGUGAAAUAGGUGAGCCUGGAGUCAAGGGGGAAAAGGGUGACAAAGGAGAUCCUGGUGAUCGUGGAGCAGACGGAAAGACAGGUGAAAGAGGCGAAAAAGGUGACCGAGGAGAUAAAGGCGACAAAGGAGAAUCAGGUGUGAUUGGUCCUCAAGGUCCAAUUGGGCCAAAGGGACAUAUAGGACCAAAAGGUGAACGUGGAUUUCCAGGACGAACAGGCCCAAGAGGUGUGAAAGGCUCCAAGGGAAAUAAUCCAGUGUUUCCAAGAUCUGCUUUCAGUGUGGGUCUAUCAAAAGCUUACCCCCUGCCUAAUGUUCCAAUUAAAUUUGAUAAGGUUUAUUAUAAUGACCAAAAUGAUUAUGAUGUAAUGACUGGAAUAUUCAACUGCACAGUUCCAGGAGCUUAUGUUUUUGCUUACCAAGUGUCAGUGAAAAACAAGCCAGUACGAAUAAGCAUUGUUGUUCAAAACAAAAAGAAAUUUAAAGCCCGUGAUGCAAUAUUUGGAAAAGAUACAGACCAGGCAUCUGCUUUUGUCAUUUUAAAGUUAAACCGUGGUGAACAGGUUUGGUUGGAGACCUUCCCAGACUGGAAUGGGCUAUAUGCAAGUAAGGAAGAUGAUAGUACUUUUAGUGGUUUUCUUUUAUAUCCAGAUGAGUUUAGAUGAAAAUUUGUAACAUACUUUUAUUCUCUUAUUUGUUUCUGAUCAAUUUAUGAAAUUUAAAAAAAAUAUUCUAAUAAUGUCAUACAAUGUGCCAUGAGUACCUAUAUCAAGUUCAAAACAGUAAAAUUAGUCUGAAUGUAUCUGAAUGCUCAUCCAGCAUAAAACUGAGACUCAGCACAGGCCUUUAGAAACGUGAGAUUAAUCAUUUUAUUCUUUUUUUUUAUUUUUAUCACAUGCAGGAUACUUUACAAACUUAUAAAAUGGCUUUUAAUACAAAAUACUUAUUGUGUGAAUUCUGUUGUUUUCUGGCAGCUGAUGAUUUGAAUUUUAAAACAAUAGCUCUUUGUGAGAACAAAUUGUACUUCUUACUUGAUCAAGACUACUGUGUUUGAUGAUACAGAACUAAUGGCAUUUUGUUUUCUUUUUGUAAUAUUCUUGCAUUAGAUGCAGUGCAUCCUUAAUCUAAAGUUUAUUUCAUUAUUCCCUAAUAAAUGUAAAUAAAAUUGCUAAAUUUA